GCCAUUCUGUGUAGAACAAACCUCCUUCCACUUUACCGCCCUCCCUCCAGUUUGUCCAUCAGAGACCACAAAAUGUAACCCCACCUGAAACCUUGCACGGACCAAUCAGCUUGAGAAGAGUCAGAGCUGUCGGCACACCCUCCUUUGUUUGAAACCAAUCAGAGUGAAAGUGUAGCAUGUGGCUGAGGGGAAAACAUACCUUUGGAUGCGUUAAUCACACAUCGCUUAUCUGUUGCCAACGUGUUUACAACGCUAGACCCUCUUUAGGCUUUUUGCAGCGGCUGCCUUCAUUUUUUGCUCAAUCUAGUAUGGAAAGUAGAAAAGAAUGGUCGCUCGCCAUGCUGAGAGAAGAACUGAGCAAGCGUCCUCUGCUGUCAAAUGUGGCUUUUGGCUUAAUCCUCAUGGGACUGGAGAAGCUGGUGGAGGUGGAGUUUGAGUGUCCUUGCAACCCUUUAUGGAACGGAGUAUUCUCAUUAGCAUUCUUCAUCAUUCCUGCCGUCAUGGCCUUCGCCUUGAUGCUGAUCAUUCAAAGAACCAGAUUCGACGCAUGGUCCAAGAAAAACAUCUCCAGCUUCGUUCCUCCUAUCGUGUGGCUGAUGUUGUUGUUCUUCGAUGGCCAAUACUUUGCUUGUGCCAUGACAGGCUGGAACGGUAGAUUUGUAUCAGUUGACAAGGAUGCCAAGAUGAAGUGGUGUAAGCCAAAUAUCACCUCAGGAGAACUAAUGCUCACCAUACAGAAGUUCUAUUCUAUAUCUCACGGUACAGGUGUGGUCCUCCUCAUCUUUGUGUGUCUCAUAGCGUAUGUGAUCAAAGGAAGCUGCAAUCAAGGAGUGGAAAAUCACCCUGGAGAAAAUCUCCCGUUAGAGGCCUGAGAGCGGGGCGGACAACAUACCUGCCCUGCUGGCAUGGACACUUUGGAAAUACCCAUACCAGACUUUACCAUGACUUUGUUGCUUGAAGGUAUUUGCCCACCACAUGGAUUUGAAUUUAGUAUUGAAUGGAGAAUGAUGCUGCCGUUUGCUGUAAAUAUGGAUGUUAUUGAAAACAGUUUUUUUUAAUUUUUCUGUUUUACCAUUUAAUAACCGGUCUUCAUCCCACAUGUCAGUGCUGCGACUUAUCUGCUUUUAAGGGCUCUUUAAAAGAAUAAUAUAUUUUUGCUUUUUGUCAGAUGAAGAGACGGAUAAUAUGUCUCUCCAUUGAAUAUGAUGCUUCCGCCAGCAGUUGGUGGGCUUAGCUGAGUAUAAAGUUUGUAACCAGGGAGGAAGCAGUCGGCCUGGUUCAUUCAUUUGAUGUGAGUAUCUACCACUGUCACUGUGAUAUGUGUCUGUGAAAACAAAGAAUUGAAGAACUCUCUUCUA